AUGUCUGCAGAAUUAUGUGCUGGUUGUCUCCGGGAUGGUCUGGAAACUGGCGCUGACUUUUGGUGUACUACAUGUUCUGAACAUGUUUGCAAAUCAUGUGCCGAUGUCCAUAAGAAAUUACCAAGUCCACAUAAUAUAGUUAGGCGAAAUAUUCAAAAAUCACAAGACUUUCCAACACAAACUUCACUUCAUGAAAGUGCAGCUAAUGUGCAUAGAUCGUCAGAACACUGCACAUUUCAUUCGGACCAAAUACUGAAUUUAUGGUGUAAUGAACAUGAUAAAAUAAUAUGUUCCAAGUGUGAACAAGAGGAACAUUCCAACUGUACAUCUAUAAUGUCUGUCGAACAGGCAAUUAUAGAGAUUCAAGAAGGAACACAGAUUGACGAUUUAAAGAAAGAAACUUUGGACUUGAUGCAUAACAUGGAAAAAAUAAUGGGAGAAUUAAAUAACGCAUUGUCGGAAUCACUUACAGAAAAACAAAAAAUCAAAGACAAAAUAUCUGAAAUUCGGAAGCAGAUCAAUUCACAUUUGGAUUACAUAGAAGUUAAAAUAUUAUCAGAAGUUGAAGAGACGUGCAAGGAUUACACACAGAACACAAAUGAAACUGUGAGCAGCAUGAGACACAUGUAUGAAGAUCUGACCACUUGGAGGCAUAAAAUUGGCUCAGUUAGGCCACAUCAAAUCGAUUCAAAUAUGUUCAGAACCCUUAAAUUUGUGAAAUUAGAAACUGAAAGACAAAAGGCAGUUGUUGACGAUGUUCAAGAGAAAGCUAUCACUAGGAAAAUGGAAUUCACACCUUCAGAAGAAGUAAUUAAUUUUCCAGAUUCAGUCCACUCAAUGGGCACCAUUGAUGUGACAGAUACUGUCCAUACAUAUUGUCGGUCAGACUCAGAAAGAUGCAUUUCAUUAUUGAAAUCAUUUAGUUCCUCACAAUUAGGUGAAGAUGUGAGAGUUUUUCGAUGUUGCUUUAUUCCCAAUAAUCGUCUUCUUUUCUGUGCCUUCAAUGAAAACUGCUUGUAUUCUUGUAAGACUGAUGGAUCCGAUGUAAUUGUAAUGUACUUAGAUCACCAACCGCUAGGUGUCGCGAUGUGUGACAGUAGACAUGCGGUGGUCACUGUCGGCUCUGGAAUCCAACUCAUAGACACACAAACAAUGACAGUUGUAAAGCUUAUUACAGAUGACGGAAACUUCUGGGCAGUAUGUACAUUGUAUGAGAAAAUGUGGGUUAGAAGUCAAGGAUGGACACUAAGUAACAUUGAUAAAGAUAAUGGUAGAAUAAUAAAGCAAAUAAAAACAAUAUUUGAUCCCAGAGAUACAUUCAUGAACAAAUAUGGUGAUAUUUUCUGCUCAAGUAACUAUGGUGAUAAGGUCUAUAUUGUAACUUCAACUGGACAACAAAGAGAGUUCUAUUCCAGUCAUGAUCUAAAAUUACCGAAGGGAGUAGCUGUGGAUAACAAUGACAAUGUUUAUGUGGCAGGAUAUAUCACCUAUAAUAUUCAUAAAAUAUCUCCCAAUGGAGAAGGGGAGGUGAUACUAAGUUUUGAUGAUGGAAUAAGACAACCACGUGGAUUAAGUUAUAAUCGAGAAACAAAUGAACUUCUUGUUAUUCUUGACGAUGGUAAAACCGUCAAUAUAUACAAAACACAAUAG